GUUGCUCUGCACCGGAACGAUGGCACGUCGUGUCGCACCCUCGUACUUCUUUUUUUCGCUCAGCAGUAGUUGAGUGUCUUGUUGAGCCAGCGUACCCAUCAGAGGGCCGCUAGCUAACCCAUCAAGGUCCAGCACAGGGCUGAGACAUUCAACGCCGUUGAAUUUCAACGCAGCCUUCAAGGAGGACUCGGGUCAGCGCGAGUCGGCGAGGACGGAAAGGUUUAACGACGCUGGUCGUUGUGCAGGAGCAGGCGCUUGUGCCAAGACGGCAGCAAUCUGCCGCUGUGUGGAGGCCAACCACGCCACGCGCGUCUUUUAAUUCUCCAGGUGCAUAUGCUACAGUUACUAUGCCAGCCGCAUCUCCAACUUCUCCAACCGCGUUGAAGCAGAUUCACACGAAAGAAGAGCCUAUCGAAAGCAACGUGUGCGAAGAAAAAUUCUCUCGUUCUGGACAUCUCCAAACCUAUUCAGAAGACAAGUCUCUCGGGUGCUUUGUGAGUGAAAGAAGCUUUGCUCAGUCUGGGGCUCUGAAAAAUCAUCUCCAAACUCACACAGAAGAGAAGCCUUUCGAAUGUACCGAGUGUCCAAAACAGUUUGCUCACUCAUCCAGUCUGAAAUCUCAUCACCGAACCCACACUGGAGACAAACCUUUCGAAUGCACCUUGUGUCAAAGGAAAUUUGCUGAGGCUGGAGCACUAAAAAAACAUCUACAAACCCACACAGAAGAGAAGCCUUUCGAAUGCACCGCGUGUCCAAAACAGUUUACUCACUCAUCCAGUCUGAAAGUUCAUCUCCAAACCCACACUGAAGAUAAAUCUUUUACGUGCAUAGUGUGCAUAAAGAAAUUCGCUCAGCCUAAUUACCUGAAAAUUCAUUUGAAAACCCACACAGGAGAUAAACGUUUCAAUUGCACAUUGUGUCCAAGUAGAUUUGCUCAGUCUGGAGAGAGAUCGGCCUUUUGAGUGCCUGGUCUGCUUAAAGAGAUUUGUUGAGUCAGGGACUCUGAAGAAACAUCUACAAACCCACACAGCAGAGAAGCCGUUUGAAUGCACAUUCUGCCAAAAGAGAUUUGCUCAUUCUCGAGAUUUGGAAAAACAUUGUCAUACCCACACUGAUGAUAAGCCUUUUAAAUGUACGGUGUGUCAAAGGACAUUUCCUCAGUCUGCGAGUCUGCUUACUCACCUACAAACCCACUUACAUGAUUAGCGACCUGAAACUUCGUAUUUCCAUAUACAUUGCUUUUCAGCGUUAUUUGUGUCACAAACGACUAAUGUUGGCUAGAUGAACAGUCUUUUACCUUUUCUGUAUGACAUUACAUAUUGCAUGUGUACUAAAUGUAGUUUCCCUUGCUAGUUAGUAUAGACUUGUCGCCUAUUUUAAAGAGUGGCGGAUAUAACACCGGAAAUCAUGGAAUAAGAAAGGAUUGUUACUAGCAUCUCGGCGCCCGGGUUAUUCUCACUAAUUUUUGUUAAACAAUAAUGGUUUUGCUUGGAUAUUUUCCUUAAUUUCUGUUAAACUAUUGUGGCCUGUACCCCUCGUAUAUCUGUUCUGUUCAGUGACUUCUUAUAUAAAAAUAAAUCUUAUUUGUAUUCGUUUUCACUCUUAA